UUCCACUUCUUUUCAGAAAAAAAUAAGGCCAUGUUAGUUUCAGUGAAGCAGUGUGGACACUAACUCCUCGAGCCAUUCAAGAGAAAAUUGGCAAGUAAAUCUGCAAUAAUCAUGGAAUUUGGACUUGACGUGUCAACGCUCCAGCUUUGCGCUCAAGCAAGAGGGCGAGUAUCUGGCUGCCCAACGCACCUGAGCGUGGCCAGCUAUCGCGAGCUGCUGCACCAGCUCCCUCGCCCCGCACAAACAGAUCAGACCAACGGCGCCGCCCUCUAUGUCACAGCCGUCGUGGUGUUUUAUGUGGCGCUCCUGCUGGUGCUGGUGGGAGGAGGGCUGCGACGAAGAGUCGUUCGCCCUCCCACUCCCUCGGGGCGCCGCCACAUCCUUACCUACUCCCCCACCAGUCGCGUGGCCACGCCCGCGCUCGCCGACCACCACCCGCAGCCCCUGGCCUCAGCUGCGCAGGUGUAAUGGCCAAGUUGCCUCCCCUUGCGUGUUAGAACUUCGACAACGCGUUCAAGCCGAAACGCCGACGACAGCGCCAAAAUGGAUUACUAAUUAGGAAGACAUACUCACAGUAAUGAUGGAAA